AUGGUUACCGAUAUCAUUUGCUGAUUUCUAAAAAGUUUGCCCCGUCCCUGCAUUCAAAGGAUUCGGUGUUCGGUCAUGGAAGCUCUUCAUCUAAUCCCUGCUCCACUUGCAGGAAGAGAAUUUCUAGCUUCAUCACAUUUGAGAAUCGGGAAUGAUGAUCGUUAUAUACCCGAAGGUUGGAACAGCACUGUAGAUACAGACUACAAACCUCCGAGCACCAAACAAAAACCUGACGCUGCUCUCCCACCGUUACCUGCUUUAUUUAUGCACCAAGACCAAGAGAAAAUUAACACACAACUUUCAGAAACAAGGGAGCAGUUUCCAAGAAAGAAAGCGCUUACUAGUACCGACACGCGUGACAAAUAUUCUGCGUUGUACAAAACAAAUUUCAAACCGAACUCUGAUUUAAGAAUCCAAACUUUCAACACCACUCAUGAUUAUUACUACACAGCAAAACCGACAUCCUUUCCCCCUGAUAAUACGCAGCUCGCAGUCAAUUGGACGAAAAGCUCUUUUCCGCAAGGAGACAAAGAAAAAGCAGAUGAACCAAUCAGUACAUAUAGAACCGGUUUCCCUGGCCAUGACACAAGCAAAAUAAAAAUUGAACGAGUUGGGUCGCAACAUUGGGGCAAUCAAGAUACAAUAAAAGGGGAUAACGUAAGACGAUUUGGGACAACGCACACCAACACGUUUCAUGGCCUUUGGAGCGCACCUCCUGACCCCGUUCCGAGGCACUUUCGCUCGUCAGUUCCAGAAGGAGAUAAAGAAAAGGUCACAGAGCAUUCAACAACAAUGAGGAAGUCUUUUACACCCCACAAAACGGACUGGAAGUCUCAAAACAGUGGAGAUUCAUAUGCCAAGCUAUACGCCACCAACUACAAGCAACGUGACGGGAAAGGAACGUUUGAUAAAUACCAGAGCACAGCUAAAGAGAGUUAUCCUCCGAUCUCCUGCGAGAGUCAAAGGGUUCACCGUUCUCGAGAUCGCAAUGCUAGUGACAUUCCGGAGGGUGACACAGAUGCAAACCGUGGCACUGAGAGAGUAAACAUGACAACAACACGACGCCACCAUCCUCCCAUGAAUGUCAGAGACGCUCGGCGAGUCGAUGGUUCAAAACUACGUACAAAAAGUAACGUUUUACUCGGAGAAUCUACUCUGGCAGGGAAAUUCUAUGACACGACUUGUGAUUCGACAUACCAAACUGUGAAUGUGCCUCGAUUCAAGGCCAACACAUACUACCCCAGCGUUGUUCCACUCAGUUACUAUGGCAACCAACGUGAAUACCCGACUACCUGGAGCGACUUCCAGAACCCAAGGAUUGGAAAGAUGAUUCCUAACCCUGUGGCUCUUGAUAAUCUUCGCAGAACCCACAUCUCUGCACCACUAGGUGGCCAAUACUUUUUCUCAACGACCCACGACUCCCAUUACACCCCCAAAUCAAUCGCAAAGUACAAAAUCGACUCAGGAGCGCUUCAACGGACUUCAGUCCCUAUUGGAACGCUCGGAGAAUUCAUUCCCGGAUGCCACAAUGGAUGGGACUAAAACAACAUAUGUAAAUCA